AGGACUUGCCCAGCUCUUUGAGGGCAGAGCACCUGGUUCAGAACGAUGGAAAGAGGAAGGUUGUGUUUAGCGUAACACUAAGGGAAGCGCCGUGCUGGAGAAGGGGAUGUUCAGCCUGCAGCGAGCGCUGAGCUCUCCAGUCCCAUCUCCGGCACCCGGCUCCUGCAGCCCCAGCUCAGCUCGUCUUGCCAGGAGGACACGCUGGGUAACCCACUCCUGGAAACGAUGCGAUGUGUCAGCUCCACGUCCCUGCAGAUACACGGCAGCCUCGGCAGGGCCACGGCGUGCCUGUGCACGACCUUGGCGUUUGGUUGGAAGCCUCUAUCUUCCUCUUCCUCCUGGGACUGUCCCACGGACCUUCACGGACCUGCGCCCAGUGACUCAGGCUGCCCUGGCAUCCUCGGCAAUGGGGAAGGGCGUUUGCAGAGCCGAACGAGGGGCGAGGGCAGCAGGACAUGGCACGGGCAGGGAGGCUGCAGGGGUGGCAGGGUCAGGACGCCUGGCCCCGCUCCGACAAGGGGACGGGGAGGGCUGUGGGGCAGGGCAGAGCAGGGGGCAGGACACCCAGCUCCACGGCUAGGAGUCCCCCGGGGAGGCAGGGCUCAUUGCUGCUGGGAGCUGCCGGGAGAAGAGGUGCUGGAGCCCCGGCUCUCCUCCCAGGGAGAUUUGCAGAGAGCAAAUCUGUGAGUCUCCGUGUCUGAAACGUGAUCCCGCUGGAGGCACCUCCCUGGGCCCCACCUCGCAUUCCCCGACGUAUAUAUGUCGCCCGCGACGGCCAGGCACGGGGACGCGGGCUGACACCGUGCCGGCGCGCCGGGCGUACCUGCGGAUGGAGCGGCCGAGGCACCAGGGGAUGGCGAAGAACACCUACAUGCGCUGGCGGCUCCCGCUCGUCUGCCUCCUCUGGGAGGUGGCCAUGAUCAUCCUCUUCGGCGUCUUUGUGCGCUUCGGCCCCGAAGCCGAUGCCCACUGGGAGGAAGAGAAGCACAAGAUGAACCUGACCAGCGACAUCGAGAACGAUUUCUACUUCCGAUACCCGUCUUUCCAGGACGUCCACGUGAUGAUCUUUGUGGGCUUUGGCUUCCUCAUGACAUUCCUCAAGCGUUACGGAUUCGGAGCCGUUGGUUUCAAUUUCCUCCUUGCCGCCUUUGGGAUCCAGUGGGCUCUCCUGAUGCAAGGCUGGUUCCACUCUUUCCAGAACGGGAAGAUCCUCAUUGGAGUGGAGAACCUAAUCAAUGCUGAUUUCUGCGUGGGUUCUGUGUGCGUUGCCUUUGGGGCCAUCCUGGGCAAAACCAGCCCCAUACAGCUCCUCGUCAUGACCUUGUUUCAAGUCACGCUCUUUGCGGUGAAUGAGUACAUCCUCCUCAACCUGCUUCACGUUAAGGACGCAGGUGGCUCCAUGACCAUUCACACCUUCGGAGCCUACUUUGGCCUCACCGUGACACGCGUCCUGUACAGACCCAACCUGGAGCAGAGCAAGGACAAGCAGGGCUCCGUGUACCACUCUGACCUCUUCGCUAUGAUCGGUACCCUCUAUCUGUGGAUGUACUGGCCCAGUUUUAACUCAGCCAUUUCUGAGCACGGGGAUGCCCAGCACCGGGCUGCCAUUAACACGUACUGCUCACUGGCUGCUUGUGUCCUCACCACAAUGGCCUUCUCCAGCAUGCUGCAGAAGAAAGGCAAGCUGGACAUGGUCCACAUUCAGAACGCAACACUGGCUGGCGGUGUGGCUGUGGGCACCAGCGCAGAGAUGAUGCUGACUCCAUACGGCUCCCUCAUUGUCGGGUUCAUCUGUGGCAUCGUGUCCACGGUGGGGUAUGUCUACCUCACGCCUGUUUUGGAGUCCAGGUUGCACAUCCAGGACACAUGUGGCAUCCACAACCUCCACGGCAUGCCAGGCCUUAUUGGGGGCAUUGUGGGAGCCAUCACUGCAGCUGCAGCCACAGAGGAUGUAUAUGGAAAGGAAGGGUUCAUUAAGGCGUUUGACUUCACUGGCAGCUACAAGACGCGGACACCCAGUGUCCAAGGAGGGUUCCAGGCAGCUGGCAUUUUCGUGUCUCUGCUGAUGGCUUUCGCUGGGGGGGCCCUUGUAGGGGCCAUCCUGAAGCUGCCCAUUUGGGGUGAUGCAGCUGAUGAGAACUGCUUCGAGGAUGGUAUCUACUGGGAGGUAAGGCCUGGGGUGGUGGCGGGUGGGCUGGGAGGCACAAGAUGGCGCUGCCGCCCGUCGCAUGAGGGCCUGCGGCGGAGCUGAGGGGGCUGCAUGGCUCCGCAGGUGCCCGAGGACGAGGAGAGCGAUGUGUACCACAUGCACAACCCCGACAAGCCUGCCUCGCCAUGAGCCACCGGCUUUUGGGGCUGCCACCUCAG